UAUAGUGAUUCUUGAUACUAAUCGGUAAAUAUCAUCAAAAUCAAAAUGUUUAAAAACGUCUUAAUUGUUUUCUUCGUCGCAACGUUGGUAAGCAGUAGUCUUCAGCAGGCAUCAGGAGGAAACAGUGGCGGUGGAGCAGGUAUUGGAUUUGGUGCCAGUGCUUCAAUGGGCGCUAAUGUUGGAGCAGGAUCAGGGGCGAGUGGAGGUGCAAGCGGAGGAGUAGGCUUCAACGCUGGUGUUGGAGGCACUGCCGGUUCCAAUGGACAAUCCGGUCAGAAUAGUGGAAAAUAAAAAACAACAAGAUACGCACUGUAAAACAAAUUGAUUGUAGGAGCAAAAGUAUGUCAAUUUUAUGGAGUGUGACAGUUUUAGACUAAAAUAUUUUAUCUUAUUGUUAUUUUAUUACGCACUGUUAUUUCGUUACCCGAUUCGAAAAUAAAGAUGAGAACUUUAAUAUA